GCCUGAUGCAACCGUUAGAAAAAAUUUGCCUGCGAGGUAAAAUUCAGGGAUUAACUCCCAUAUCCACAUCAUGUGACUUUUAGCGUAAACAGGAAGCAGCUGAUCUUUACUUUAGUCUGCUUCUACCAAGUAAUCUGUACAGCGAAAUACUCCCAAAAUAACUCAAAGCAGUCUUGUAAAAUAGCUCGACCAUAAGUAACUGUGCUACCCUCUGGGGGAGAAUUAGAGUCAUCUGACCUGCAGCUCAGAAACAUACUCUCCUUCGUGUCUCCUGAGGGGGAUGUCAGGCACAGCUAUGAAGAAAAAGGUGCUCCUGAUGGGGAAAAGUGGGUCUGGAAAGACCAGCAUGAGAUCAAUCAUCUUUGCCAACUACAUAGCUCGGGACACACGUCGGCUCGGAGCUACGAUUGACGUGGAACACUCCCAUGUUCGAUUUCUUGGCAAUCUGGUUCUAAACCUGUGGGACUGUGGAGGACAAGACACGUUCAUGGAGAACUACUUCACCAGCCAGCGAGACAACAUUUUCAGAAAUGUUGAGGUUCUAAUUUAUGUAUUUGAUGUUGAGAGCCGUGAGCUUGAGAAAGACAUGCAUUACUACCAGUCGUGUCUCGAAGCCAUCCUGCAGAAUUCCCCCGAUGCCAAAGUGUUCUGUCUGGUGCACAAAAUGGACCUUGUUCAGGAAGACCAGAGAGAUCUGAUCUUUAAGGAGCGUGAAGAAGAUCUGAAGAGAUUGUCCAGACCUUUGGCUUGUACAUGCUUUAGGACAUCAAUCUGGGAUGAAACCCUGUAUAAGGCUUGGUCAAGCAUAGUGUAUCAGCUAAUCCCAAACGUCCAGCAGCUGGAGACAAACCUGAGGAAUUUUGCACAGAUCAUAGAAGCAGAUGAAGUUCUCCUGUUUGAGAGAGCCACCUUCCUGGUGAUCUCCCACUAUCAGUGCAAAGAGCAGCGUGACGCCCACAGGUUUGAGAAGAUCAGUAACAUUAUCAAACAGUUCAAACUCAGCUGUAGUAAGCUUGCAGCCUCUUUCCAGAGCAUGGAAGUGAGGAAUUCCAACUUUGCGGCCUUCAUUGAUGUCUUCACUUCCAACACCUACGUGAUGGUCAUCAUGUCGGACCCGUCUAUUCCGUCUGCAGCAACUCUCAUCAACAUCCGCAAUGCUAGGAAACACUUUGAGAAGUUGGAGCGGGUGGAUGGACCCAAGCACAGCCUGCACAUGCGGAUGCGUUAGCUGGAGCUUCUGUUCCUGGUGGAUUCUCUCAGCCAAUCAGUCCAUAGCGUGCAGACAGCAUGGCGCAGUCUCGCAGCUCCCAUAAAUAUGAUCAGCCCUGUGUCCUAUCUGCAAUAUCUUCACAUUCAAUCACAAUAAUUAUUAUGGGGGGUGUUGGUUUCUUUUGGUUUUGUUUCUGCAGUGAGCUGAAGUAUCCUGAUAAACGUUAUGUUGAAGUACUUGUGAUAACGUGUCACAUUAAAGUAAGGCAAAGAGGGUGGCUGUGUUUGGGGUCAUACUUUGUUGAAUACUUUGGAAUUGUCCAUUCCCUACAGAGGAUUUCGGUGAUUGGGAAUGUUGGCUCCUGAUGAAAAGUGGCUGACGGUUUGAUUUGGAGUGUGUUUGCUGUCCCAAACAAUACAAUACAAACUAUUUAGAAACAAU